UUUCAUCCUCAGCUCGAGAGACAAUGUCGAGGAAAUGACAAGAAUAUCAGCACACAGCCAGGAGGGGAUAUAAUUAACCUUUCACGGCUAGCGCUUAUCUGAAAUAGUCUGCAUGGACUUGAUCUAUUUGGUGGCAGUUUGACAGGCUAGUGUCCGUAGAACCGCUGCGUGUGAUCUACCAGCACGCUAUAGGGUGGUCAGUUCAGCGGGGUGCUUGACACGUAUCAGCUAAGAAAAAGCAAGCAUCCAGCUGAGAAAAAUGCCAUCCCUCCCAAAUCCUGGACCCUCGUGCGUCCAGGGUGCUACACAGGAGUCUUCAACAGUUGACCAAAGACUGGGGUGACUGAAUAUGAGCGAAAACCAAGAAACAAGGAUCUGCCUCGACCAUGUAUGGGAGCAGGCAAAGCAGCAGUUGGAAAAUGCCGCAAGGGAGGCGGGCAUACCGAUGGUUUGCAAAACCCCCGCCGAUUUCGAACGCGAAAUGUCCGGCAUAAGAAAAACUGAAAGUUCUCGUUCUCGCAAAUACAAAGAUAAAUGCCUCACUCUGCUCAAGGCUUUCAACACCCUCGGCGAGCUCGCCGCAGGUGGUGCUGCGUUGGCAUAUCCCCCAGCAAGCGUGUGUUCUCAAGCGCUGUCAAUUGUGAUCGCUAUACCCGACCGCAUCCACAAGAAUCACGAAACCAUCGAGGCUGUCAUUGGACAAAUCCACCCGACUUUUGUUGAAUUCGAUAUAUUUAGGAACUUGCAGAGCCAUGGACAUAUUUCAGAUGCUAUGUUGCAAUGCAUACGUGCGGCUUUGCUUGCCUUUGUUGAAAUUUGCGCUGCAUGCGUGCGGUCUGCUGCUAAGGGGAAGCUCACCCAUUUCGGAAAGCAUCUUAAAUCGGUUAUCACCAAUGAGGACCCGCUGAAAGCGCAACUUGAUGCUUUAGAGGGCCUGAUCAAGGAAAAGGAUAGAAUCAUGGAUGUAUCUAUGUUCGCCGAGAUUGUACAGACCGGAAGGAAGGCUGAAUCCGCUUACGAUGAAGCUAAAAGAGCAAGACUCAACACAGAUGAUUUUGCCAAGUCGGAAAAGAAGCGUCGGGACAGAGAGACAUGGCAGCAGAAUCUGGAGGUGAUUGGGGUGAAGCUCUGCCUGACGCGGACCCCACAGGCCAGUCAGACUGAUAUUCUCGAGGAAAACGAUAAGAAAGUGUCUUUCCAAAGUGAGUGGUAUCGCCAACUUGACGAUUACCAAAAGUGGGUGGACAACAGCGCCGAAAGCCCAUUUUUGUUACUGGCCGGUGCAAAGGGGACGGGCAAAAGCUUCGCAGCCGCUUCGAUCUUUUUCGACCUGACUAGGAAGGGAGAACGGGGUCUAGUCGGCUUUUACUCUUUCCCGGCAAUGGGAGCCAAAACUACUUCGGACAGCCAUCCGGCGCAAACUGCAUUGAAAUGUGUCGUCAACCAACUCGCAGAGAAAGACCCGCUUUUUGCGAUCCACGCCCGUCGGAUUUGUGACGGAAACGAUCUUUCGACCGCCACAUUCAGAGAUUUGUGGAGCUGGUUCAUACUGGACAUUGGGCAGAGUAAUAUGGCGUUUUACCUCAUUUUCGAUGGCAUGGACAAUCUGGCGGAAGACCAAAGGAAGGAGCUGCUAGAUGAAUUCACUGCCAUUCCGCACGCCCCAGGAAUGGGACGUUCGACACGCAUACUUGCUACUACAUCAGAGGAAAUCGGACACGUCAAAUCUAGCCCUACGUUUCCCAUAGUCACCAUUACCAGCCAUACGGGAGAGGAGAUGAAGCGAUAUAUAGAAAGAGAGUUUAAAAGAGCUGGUCUUCUGCAAGAAGAUUACGAAGGACACCUGCAGAAAAAAGAGGAACUGUGUGUGUGGCUAAAAGACCAAUCAAGGGGUAGCUUUCAAAAGGUUCAACAGGGGCUUGAUGAGAUCAGGGAAAUUGUAGCGGCUGAGGAUCAUGACGCUUUGAACAGAUUCUCAACCCAAACAAACAUGGAUACUUCUCGUCUCAUGAAGGCCGAACUACUCAAGGCCCAGGAGUCACUAACUGCCAAGGAAAUAGACGAACUCAAUGAACUUUUGACAUGGGUGGAGUACGGGAAGCUCUACUUUGAUGUAGAGGAUCUCAAGGCUAUUCUGUAUCUGCGAACACGAAAGCUCCCACUGGGAUCUCUUGAAAAGAAGAUUCGUGAGCGCUAUUCCAGCUUCCUUGAAAUAAGCCCCAGUGGUGGUUUUCUUCACGUCGUGGAAGAAAUGAAAGAGGUAGUUCUGAAGCAGAGAACAACAUUGCGACACACACUAGAACGUCCCACGAUUACGGCGAACAUUUCGAUCACCAACGCCAGCGUUGAAGUCGUACGACGCUUUUUCUGGGAUAUUACUAGCCAUACAUGGAGCACACCAUUCAACUUUGACCAUGAGCCGGACUUAUCAAAAUUGGACUUGAAAGAGAUUCGACUUAAUGAAAUGGACUCCCAUCUCCUGAUAGUCAAGAGAGCAUUCGACUUCCUCUUCGCCGAGCCGAGUCCGAUGUCCAAGUCCAUAGGGAGAUAUUUGAUAAGUUAUCUCCCAGGUCACUUGGCCGUUUUGUUGGUUGCUGAAGGGAUGGACGCGAUUGGCCACGAAGACAAGGAGUGGAUCGGAGAGAGAAUUAACAAGCUUUUCUUUGACAAAGGCAUUGUUCGAAAACACUGGGAUAGUUUUGCUGCUAUUUAUUGGCACUGGCAGGAUCUGGAAAUGUCCUACUUCUGGUCCUGGUUGAAGGAUGAGACUGCGACGCAGCGAAUCGGGAUGCGAGACAAAGAAUGGCUCGAAGAGGCGAAAGGAAGCUCGAACCCGAACCAAAGCCUGCUCAAACGCCUUAUCACUGAGAUUGCGCAAAUAUGGCUGAGGUCACAGGAUACCACGCCUCUCCCAGCCUUUCAAUGGAUCAAAAACUAUCUAUCUUUUAAACCCGGAGAUGUUGGUGAGAGCGAAAAUGAAAAUCUCAAACAGAAUGAUCCAGAAACCGAUAUAGGAAUCGAGGGAGACGCGAGUGAAAGUAAUCAUGUCCAGCAGGCAGAGAAAUGGUGCAGCCAUGUAUUGGGGAUACAGGAUAACGAUCGAGAUUGCCUGUGGUUUAAGCGUCUUGCGGAGACCUAUCAAGAACUACGCUGUUCCGAUGAAGCCAUUGAAAACUUUAAAAAAGUCGAUGCGAUGGCCCAAGGUGACGAAAACACAGAGACUGCUAUACGCAUCAGCGCUUUGAUAUCUCUAGCCGCUCUGGAGCCGGACGCUGCCGUAGAGCAUAGCACAAAUGCCCUUGAGCUGGACCGUCACAGUGCAGAUGCCAGAUACUCUCUCUUUAGCAUUUAUUGUCUGAAGAACGAAAAAAACAAAGCGCAGGACUUGGUAAUCGACACAGCUCAACUUACAUUGUCAGGUGAUGGCCCGAGUGACCUCAAGGGAGUAAUUGAAAAAGCUGCCAGAAACGAUGCCAUCGACCAUAUGUCCAGAUUGUUCGAAACUAUUAUUGUGGCCAGUGCACAGGACCCGGACCAUUUCCGCCAACUCCUAAGUGACAUGGAUGGCGCCGCGCAUGAUUCUCGAAACCAAAUACGGUAUUAUGAAUUAGCAAAUCUUCUUCUAUACCGAGGUAUAGCACUCGCACACUACGACUGCACUGAGCACGCGGACGCGGCGACUGUUGCUGUUAGGCAUUGGCAAGAAGCUGCGUCCGUGAUCAUCGAGAAACUGUCAACACAUUCCGGCCAAGCCAAGCUUCUUGGCGCAGUCAACCGGCAGUUGAGCUUCCAUUACUUUCAGCUUCAAAGUCCAAACUCUGCCAAGUCAUUGUGGGACGUGCUCCAAUCGCAGAAGAAUAUUAUUAUGGAGAUGUCGCCAGCCAAAGCCUACCUGGUGGCCCACUACCGUCGCGAAAGCUCAGAGAGCCAAAAGGCCAAAGAGCUACUUCGACCCCAUGUGGAAAUGGCGUUAAGAUUGCUUUCAGACAACACCACCGAUAACGAUUGGCAGGGAUACCUACUACUGAGUCGGGUCUAUCUCUACUGGGGCCGCGAGGACUUUGGCAAAUAUGGAUAUAUCCUCCGUCCACAGGAAAUACUUAACGAAGACGCCCUAAGCCAAUGGUUUCGGUAUAACGAGAUUUCAGAGGAGCUGGUGACUGGAAUCCUUGGUUUCUAUUCUGAGCGACCCUCGGAUCAGCCUCUUCUCAAUCAAAUUGACUUCUUGUUGGACCGACUGUAUGACAGUGACACCGAGUCUAAUCGAGAGGCACGCAGGGCCGUCAGAGAUUACUGGAACAGCAUAGUAGAUGGUUACCUUGAAUAUUAUUGUGAUAGUUGUGGAUGCCGACUGUCUGAGGGCAAUGCCAUGUUUAUGUGCAAGUUCUGCUUCGACAUGGGAUUUUGUGAGCCAUGCAAAAACAAGAUCCAAGGCCGAGAGAUCAAGACCCACAAAUGCCAUGCGGAGCAUGAGUGGGUCAAGCUUGGAAUCUGGAACACGGAGCAGCAAAUUCAGGCUGUCAAGAAGAGGUUCAAGCUGGAGGGCCCCCUUGGAGAUUAUGGAGAUGUUGGCGAUGAGGUGUCUGCGGUACAGUGGUUGAAUUAUCUGAGGGAUACUUGGGAGUUUUCUGAGGAUGCUUUCAAGUUUGAGUAACUGAGUGUGUAGUGGAAUAUCUGAUGUUCACGACUAUAAGAGGUCAGCACACGAUCAAGGUUGAAAACCAGGAAUGAUAUUUUUGCACGCAUAGAGUCGACUGCUUUCUC